GGGCCGCAGCCCGCUGGGUAAUCACUCGCCAUCACUUCCCCUCGGCAUUUUUUGUGAAUGGAGCUCAUUAUGCAUGCAGCCUCCACGCAGCUCCAUUCACAAACAGCGCUCCCUCCUCGUCCCUGCAGCCUGCGUGGAUCCCACUCCAACUCCGCGCAAAUGACCGCAAACGGUUAAACGGAUGGAUUAUAAGAUGGACGGAUAUUUGGACCAGCAAGUGCCUUACCCUUUAGCAAAUAAGUCGCAAGGAAAUGGGCCCCUAAAUAGACUGUUGAUGGCAGCAAAAAGGAAAUUCAUGGACACAGAAUUACCCCCUCAGGAAUCCGAAGACCUCUUCCAGGACUUAAGCCAACUACAAGAGACAUGGCUUACAGAAGCUCAAGUUCCUGACAGUGACGAGCAGUUUGUUCCUGAUUUCCACUCUGAGAACUUGGCAUUUCACAGUCCUCCAGUCACCAUCAAGAAGGAACCACAGAGCCCGGGCUCUGACCCCAGCCAGUCCUGUAGCCACAAACAAACCUUCAGCUACCCCAGCGGAGAGCAGUGCCUUUAUGCCAGUGCCUAUGAGCAGAAAAGGGCUGCAGGAGGAGCAAAGAGCUCCUGUCCGGGUACUCCCAUGUCUCCAAUGCAGCAGCACUACUCCCCCAAGCCUGCGGCAGCUGGCCGACCGGACGCCGGCUACCUGAACCCAGCUGCCGCCUCCCAACCCCUUCCCAGCAACAACUACCACAUCAACAGUUCCAGGUUUCAGGGCGCUUCAGCAGACCCUAUGUGCCCCCAGUUCCCCCCACCAGCGCAGGCCUUUCAGCGCAUGGCCUCUGCCCCAGCCGGGCAUGGCACCGGUGCAUGUGGCGGAGGAGCGGGUGGAGGUCCAGGGGGCGGAGGAGGAGGAGGAGGAGGAGGAAGCGGUGGUGGUGGUGGGGCGUAUCACCGGCAGCACUCUGACCCCUGCGUGCCCUACCUGCAGCAAAGCUUUAAGCAAGAAUACCUGGACCCUCUGUACGAACGAGCGGCUCACAUGGCCGGACCGGGUCACGGACAGGGCCACGGGCACGGAGCCCACCCACAUCCGCACUCACAUCCACAGCCACAUCCACACAGGUUUCCACCAGCCCACAUGAUGGUUAAGCAGGAGCCCACAGACUACACCUACGAGCCUGAUGUGCCUGGUUGUCCCUCCAUGUACCACCACAACGAGGGCUAUCCGAAUCCCCAGCACAGCAAUGAAGGCUAUCUGUUCGAGAACGACUCCCGCGUUGUUCCAGAAAAGUUCGAAGGCGAGGUAAAGCAGGAAGGGGGUGGUGUCUUCCGUGAGGGAACGCCUUACCAGCGGCGUGGCUCUUUGCAACUCUGGCAGUUCCUGGUGGCCCUUCUGGACGAUCCGGGAAACUCCCACUUCAUCGCCUGGACCGGCCGCGGCAUGGAGUUCAAACUCAUCGAGCCCGAAGAGGUGGCCAGACUGUGGGGCAUGCAGAAGAACCGUCCAGCCAUGAACUAUGACAAGCUCAGCCGUUCUCUGCGCUAUUACUACGAGAAGGGAAUCAUGCAAAAGGUGGCGGGAGAGCGUUAUGUUUACAAGUUCGUGUGCGAGCCCGAGGCGCUCAUCUCCCUGGCCUUCCCCGACAAUCAGCGGCCGAGCCUAAAGGCCGAGUUCGAGCGCUACGUCAACGAGGAGGACACGGUGCCACUGUCGCACCUGGACGAGGGAGUGCCCUACACCCCGGAACAAGCCCCCCAAAACAUGGCCCACCAGCCCUACUCCAAAGGCUACAUGUACUAAAGCCAGCCCACCCGCAUUUCAUUCUGCACCCACCUUCAGAAAUCCUCCUGUUGUACCAACUCAUCAUCAUACACACCCUGAUCCCCACCCCCACCCACCAUGCACCUCUUGCACAUGCCCGCCCAUCCACUUGUAUAUAAGGCUAUGGUGUUUUUGUUUAAAUUAAUCUCAUUAGGGAUUUUUCUUUUGUUUGUUUUGUUUUUAAAAGCUGCAUUCCUCCCACAUCUGAAGCCUAUUCAAUACCUAAACAUUAAUGAUGUUCAAGAGAUUGCUUAAUAAUAAAUACCCAUAAUAAUACCCCACAA